AUGGUAGUAACGCGCAAAGGACAAUCAACAACAACCCAACGGAUCCCUAAUCUCGAGAGCAAUCCCACCAUGAACAACCAAGAACGAUAUCCGUAUGGAAUGCCUCAGACCCAGUCGGAACCUGUGAUACGAGAGACCCAGUCGAACACUGACCGAGCUCAGCCCGACCUCCAGGAUGACAUGCGCGCGCUCCGCGAAGAAAUGGAAGCCAUUCGAAGGCAAAGGGAGGCCGAUGCCCGAGAGCUAGCCGAGCUGCGUCGACAAAAUGCCGAGCUCAAGGGUCUGAAUCAAACAUGCAUGCCGUCAACUCCUACUCUCCAAGAAGAGUCGGCAUACCAUGCCCCAACCGACCAUGUGACCCGAACACCAGUUACCUCUCUAAUUGGCAACAAGGCAAACACCAACGUUCACUCCUUAAGACACCCUUUCUCGCGAAGGAUAAUGGAAGCAACUCUACUGGAUCAUUGGAAGAGUCUUCCAAUCGAAAAGUACGACGGAUCCGCCGACCCUGAUGAACACCUAAACGUCUUCUUGACGCAAGCAACUCUCUCCACCCAAGACGAUUCGGCUUUGUGCCGAAUAUUCCCUACGUCGUUAAAAGGCCGAGCCCUGAGCUGGUUCACGAAGUUGCCGAGCUCUUCCAUCGACUCAUUUAGUGAGCUGUCAUCUCAAUUCACUCUCCAGUUCGCGACGAGUAAACCGUACAGGACGACCUCGUUGGCACUAGCAGGGGUCCGUCAAGAAAAGAAGGAAAGCUUAAGAAGCUUUAUGGAACGCUUCAACAGGAUUGCUAUGGAGAUCGGCGACCUUAACCCGGCCGUGGCAUUGGACCGAUUGACCAUCGCUCUAAGGCCUGGACCUUUCGUGAACAGCUUGUGUAAGAAGCCGCCGCCCGCCAUUGCUGUGCCUCGGAUCGAGUCAAGAGUAAAUCAUCUUGCAUAUCCUUGA